UCCAUAUAAGCGUGUACGUCACACUGUCACAGAGUAACUAUUAUUUUAGUGACAAUACUCGCUUGACUGCCGUUUGCGAUAUUAAUGGCGUGUUCUCUAAAUCCCACAACGGAGUUGAACCCAGCCCUCCUCCCCUUAGACUGGCUUCUGGGUACCUGGGAGUCAGAUGAACCUGGCCAGGGCUGCUAUCCCACCAUAAAACCUUUCCGCUACACAGAGACACUGCACUUCAGCCAUGUGGGACAACCAGUCAUCAACUUCAUGUUCAAUGCAUUCCAUGCAGAGUCUAAAAAGCCCCUGCACAGGGAGUCUGGCUUCAUUCGAAUGCAGCCAGGAAACAACAGAGUAGCAUUUAUCAUUGCACAGAACUCAGGCCUGGUGGAGAUUGAGGAGGGGGAACUGACAGGGCAUCAGCUAAAGCUGCAGACCCACGCUCUCGCCAGAAUUUCUUUUGCCAAGAAGCCGCAUGUGCAGCAGAUUUUGAGAAUAUUUCAGCUCCGACCAGAUGGGAGGCUGGAGCAGACAGUUUCCAUGGCAACAGACAACCAACCACUGACACAGCACUUGCACAUCACCUACCGUCCCUCAUCUUGACCUAACAAGCAGGCAGGUCUUCACAGAAAUACAGUAUCUUAAGUCUGGAAAUAAAUAAAUGUUGCUAAAAAAAAAGGCUCAACCUUUUUUAAGCUUCACUGUGAGAUGGUUAAUGUGAGAGUUCAAGAUUUAUUCAAAGACUGGGUGACAUUGAAUUUAAGAUUUAUAGGUUCCUUGUAUAUCUGACCCAUUUUCUCACAAUGUUCUAGUUUGGUUUAUGUCUUUGUUCUAUACUUACUACAUUAAAAUUAUUGCACCUAUAUUUUUUACUUUACAUAUAUACUUUGAUUGCACCUCAUCUUUAUGGAGUGAAUGUCAUUUGCAGUCGAGUCUUUCCUUUCUUUCUCUUUCUGAAAAGGAUACUUCUCAACUGUGAUCUUUGCACAUUGCAUUUUAACUGCUCUGACUCACAGAGCAGGGCACAGCAAGCGGUUUAGUUCGUUGGCUUCCUUUUUAUUUUGUUCCAAAUCAAAAACUCAGUUUUCAACUUUUAUGGGGCUGUAAGAGUUGACACUGUCAUUGUUUCAGUGGGAUAUAAUAUCAAUAAAGCUAAUCAAUAAAUCUG